AUGGCUCAAGUAUUGGCGCCUCCUCCACUCAUUGCUAAUCAUCUCACCGCUCUCAUCAACACUACCACCUUCGACAGCAAACGUCGGCGUCAUCGACUGAUCUCCUCUGAUGGGGCUUCAUGCGAUUAUGAGACUGACGCGCUAACCAACUGCGCUACCCAGGCUCGACGGGUCGUCCGCCACCUAAUACCCACCCGCUUCGUCUCACUUCCUCCUCAUCAUUCACGCAGCACACUGGACUUUCACAGCGCACAUGGAUACAUUCAUGCACCCACCCAUUUGCCCAUCGAGCCGUCUUACCCUCGUCUCCCCUCGCCUCCCCUCGCCUACCCUCCCCUCGCCUACCCUCCC